GCGAGGAACGGUGAAGAUCUGGAUAAACUGUACACUAACAAUGAACCGCGAAAACAUGGGAUAACAAGGCAAAACAAAUGUAAAUGUAUCCUCGAUUCCGAAGAGGAACAGGAGAUAAUGAAUUGAAUGAAAACCAUAAUUCUCGCUUUUCUCUCAUUUUAUGCCAUUCUCCUUGGACGCUGAGCUGGUACAAAGGGCUAGGAACAGCUGGAGCCGGUGAUAAUGGAACAGGGAUGUUGUCAUGUGAGUAAACGAGGGUCAUCAAUGAUGGAUUAUAUGGAAAAAGCUUGACUUGAAUAAGAAAAUGAAAAGUAAGUAGUUGGAGAGCCGUUAUCACUUUCUCAUAACACGAGAGUUCUAGAUCCAGAAGAUCAUCCGCUCAGGAUAUUUGGUGUCUCAUAUUUUUUUUCUGGAAUAAUGCAGAAGAGGCGAGACCGUGCUCAAAUAUGAUUCGUGUCUGACACAUUCGCUGGUUUGAGUGAUAAGCCUAUUUCUAUUGUUGACUAUAAAAUGUACUGUGACUGCGAAAUCGGUAAAGAGGUGACAACAGUUAAAUUGUCAGUUUUUGAACUGGUUUAACACCAUUAAUAUGAAUGGUAUUUUUCUAUUGUAGUUUCUCUAGGUACAUUCCGAUUUUUUCUCUGUCAGAAACUGUAUGAUAGGCGAGAAAUAACGAGCCCCGUAGGCUACUGGUGACAUCACCCCAGUCAGAUCUAUUGCUGUACAGUAAAUAUCAACAAUGGUGGAGCCUGUGGGAUUUAUUGAAGCAUGGAAAGCGCAGUUCCCCGAGUCUGACCCCCCAAAGAUGGAGCUCCGGUCGGUGGGGGGCAUCGAGCAGGAGCUGGAGAAGUGCAAAGCCUCCAUCCGGCGGCUAGAGCUGGAAGUGAACAAGGAGCGCUUCCGUAUGAUCUACCUGCAGACGCUGCUGGCCAAGGAGAGGAAGAGUUAUGACCGCCAGCGCUGGGGUUUCAGGAAAGCCCAGAUGAACGAGGUUGGGGACCAGGCAGGGCUGGGCGCUGAGUCUCAGCAGCCACACGUACAGGAACAGGGGGAGCGGAGCCGGUUCCAGCCGGUGGGGGAGGCCAGGUCCAAACCUAGACCCCCUCCAGCCCGGAAGUCAGCCUCCCAAGGAGACGGGCUGGAGCUCCAGUCUGCCUUCGAGGUACCCCAGCAGGUAGAGCCCUGCGAGACAGACGGCCUCUCGCCCUCCAAACAGAAAGGAGGUAUAUCCCCUCGCCGCCAACACCCACCCCCGAACAAGGACCUACCGUCUGACACCAAUGACAAGCUUGGCAUGGGACUGGGGGUGGCGGCGCUAAGGUCUAACUUUGAGAGGAUCAAGCGGGCAAACUCUCACUCUGCCGGGGAUGGGGGGAAGAGCCAGGAGAAGCAGCUGCAGCAGCCCUUCUACACCAACAUGGAGUUCCACCAUGACAGGGGCCUAGUCAGAGUCAACGACCGAGACGGCUCUGACAAGAUCAACAACCUGGGCAGCCAGGCCAUGCAGAUGGAGCGCAAAAGAUCUCUGCACUCCCUGCCAGGCAACCUGGCCACUGUGGCAGGUGAGCUCCGCACCCGGCCUGUCUACAGGGGGCGCUCUACAGAGAGCACCUGUGGGUACGAUGCUGAGUACGAGGACGGGGACCCCAACCCACGCCACCCCAAGGCUAACGGGGGAAAACAGCCCCCUCCACCCCCAUGGCAACCCUCUGACUUCCAACCUUACACCAGCAUCUACGUGGGCGGGGUGAUGAUGGGCGAGGGCGGGGGGGACGGAAGAGGGGGCGUCAUCAUGAGGGACCACAUUGGAGACGAGCACCACCUGACCUGGCCCCGGCGCUCCUACUCUCCCGGGAGCUUUGAGGACGUUGGGGGCGGAGGUGGUGGCUACACACCAGACUGCAGCUCCAAUGAGAACCUAACAUCCAGCGAGGAGGACUUCUCGUCUGGCCAGUCCAGCCACGUGUCGCCCAGUCCCACCACGGCCUACCGCCGGCCCUUCAGGGAGAAGAGCCGCUCGCCCUCGCAGAACUCGCAGAACUCCCAGCACUCAUUUGACAGCAGCAGUCCCCCCAUGCCACAGUCCCAAAAGCGCCACCGCCAGCAGGGCCACGUGGUCAUGUCCGAAGCCACCAUUGUGAGCGUUCGCAAGACCGGACAGAUCUGGCCCCCACUCGAUCCGGACUCCACACCGGCCAGCAGAGCCUCCCAUGACAACAGUUUCCAUGGAGACCUGGGUGAGUGGCAGCUGCCCUCUCUAAUCUUAGCUCUAGUCGCUGCUCCGUUCAUGUCUGGAGAUUUAAGAGGCUGUCACACGCUGACCACUGCCUGGCAGGGUUGA